AUGACUUCCCCUAUGCCAACCACGGCUUCAUCCUCCGUUGCGUCUUCCCCGACUUCGUUUGUAUUUUCAUCUACAUCUUUACCAUUGACGCCAACGUCGCCGCUUUCGGUUGGUGUAUGCCCAUCUCUCCCGAUCGACUUGUUUCCACUAAUCUUGGAACAUCUCAAUGACCAUCCUCAGGCUCUUUCGCGAUGCAUGCAGGUGAACUGGACGUGGGCACACAUGACUGUUUCAAUCCUAUACAGAAACCCUCUCAAGAUAGUAGGACCAGACUCUCAUUUUCAUCUGAUAUCGACUUAUCUGGCCUGUAUUACCCGCGAUGAAAGACAGCGUUUGGUCAAUCAACGCAUCCGCAUCCCUCGCAGGAAGCCGCCAAAAUUCAACUACUUUGAAUAUUGCACCAGUUUAGAAUUCAGCUACGUCCUCUUUGCCACAUCUUCAUGGUACAUGAAUAGUCACAGAAAGAUAUCUCCAAAGGAUGAGCCGGUACUUGUUAGCAACGUAAUAAUAAAGUCUGUGAUCCGAAGAGCAAAAUUUCUCCGCUCAUUUUCAACCGGACCUAAAGCGUAUAGAUUCUCACAGACAUUCAAAGAGAUACUGACACUACUUGCAGUAAAGCAAAAGCGAUUGGAUUUUUUUGGCAUAAAUGUUGAUGUUGAUCUGUCUGUAACAGAUCCUAUUACGCUUCCGGAACUUGUUAGCUAUUUAAUAAAGUCUCAGAAUGGUCUGCGCGAGCUCGAAGUGAGGAAUGUAUCAACCGGAUUGGAGGACAUUAUUAAAGCAAUGAUAAACCAGAAGAGAACAUUAUCGAAAUUAAAAUUUCACUCCUGUGACUUUCUUACAGUGUAUCAUCAUCAUUGGAUAUACAAAUUGGAGAACUUGCAGUCAUUGCAACUUAAUCAUUGUAAGAAUGUGAUAGAUUUAUCAGCAAAAAUUGAUCAGACAAUGUCACGAGUGGGUGGCGAUGAUAGGAAAUGUUACGAAUGGAGUAGACGGGCCGAGGUGGUGGGCAAUAGAAAUGAAUGUCAUAGACAAUUGGAAUAUGCAUAG